AUGAGAGCUAUAAUGAUAAUUAUAUUACCAAUAAUAACCUAUCAAUUAAUAAUCAACUUUCCCUAUGUCGGCGCAAAUUUGAUUGCGUUCAAUAAAGACGAUGUUUUGAGUGCGUAUGAGAAUGUGGAUAUUAGAGGGAUAAAUCAAACUGGCUAUGAAAAAAUAGUCGGAACUUUCAAUAUCGCAAGAUUUUUAGUUCCUAUUGCUUCCUUCAAAGACGACGAAGAUAAUAACUUAAGAUGCAAAAUAGACCCAAAAUCUUAUGACGGUGUUGAUGUUUUGGUUAUUUCUUUUGAGGAUGCUAGAUCAGUCGGUAAUUGUGCUACUUAUGCUGAUAUUCUUCAAAGAAAUCACUGGCCAGAUAAUAAUGUUGUAGCAGUAAAUAGGCCACAACCAGCUGGUAAUACUAACGUAUUAACAAAUACGGAUGCACCUGCUAACACGGACACCUUUACCACAAACGACAACACACCACUACCUCAAACUGAAGCAGCACCACAAACUACUGCACCGUCUCAGGAACAAGUACCGACACUUACAGACACUGCACCACCACUUCAAACUGAAACAGCAUCACAAAUUACUGCGCCGUCUCAGGAAAAAAUACCGACACCACCUCAAACUGAAACAGCAUCAGAUACUUUUUUUGUAGACGGCACUUUGUCGAUAUUUACAGAUAUUACAUCAACUCAAACUAAAACAGCGCCAUCAACUACAGAUACUUUUAUUGUAAGCAGCACAGAGAGCGUAAACGGUAAUGAGCAGAGCCAAGCUGAAUCUCGAACAGUUCAACAGCAAACAUCUCAAUCUCCUUCUUCUCGACAACAACAAACUCCCAAACCGUCACCAACAUCAUCAAAAGAUAAAAUUCUUGAUGUAACAUUGUCCGCAACAAUUUCAUCUGUAGUCGGUGUAGAAGUUGGGGUCGGAGUUAAAAUCAAUAAAAAACGUGAUUUGAACCUUAAAACCCCUCAAAUGAUACUUUUUUCUUCAACAAAUGGCGGAGAUCCUGGUAUUAAAGAACUUUUUAGUGGUGAUAGAGAAACGUUAAAGAUGUCAAUGCCCAUACUAUCAUUAUUAAAACUUGAAGAUGUUAUAACACUUCAAGGAAUAUUAGAUAAAAUUGAUCAUGUAGUAGUCACCCCUGAAAGUGGACCUUGGGUAAAAAUAUUAUCGGACACAGAAUGGCUUGUGUGGUCAGUUAUAAUUAGUAGUUUGUUCAUUGGCAUUGUAUUUUUGGCCGUUUAUUAUCUAGUCAAAACCUAUCAAGAUUUAGUGGCGUUUAUAAUCGUGACGGUUGAUCCUGAUGAUAUUUACGAAGAUCGGAUUUCUUUAUCAGACUUUAAAAAAUUAUUGGGUAUUAGUUAUACAAUGGAGUCUGUGGGUUUGGUUGUUUUGGGAGUUGAAUUUCUGGCUUUUGGGUGGUUGAUUGUUACAGCAUUAAGAAAAAGGGUUUCACAGAUUCCUUUGCGUCGAAAUAGAUUAAGAACCAGUAGCAAGGUCAUCGUAAUGAUCAUUUCAAUAUUGACAUCUAUUGUAUUUUUUAUAUUUUCUGGUUCAUUAUCAUUCUUUGUCACGACAGUUGCUAAUUUUUGGGGAGCUCAGAUCACAUCAAAUUUAGCAGUAGUAUUAUGUAGUGUGAUAAUUAUACUAGUUUUACAAGAUAAAACUAUUGGUAAAAGUUUGAGCCAAUCAAAUUUUACAAAUAAAAAGAAAAAAUCUGUUUUAUCGGCUAUAACAUUAUCAGAUGAUGAUAAUAAUGCAUUAGAAGAAGAGGAAGAGAUUGAUGACAAUGGAAAUAAUAAUUUCCCAACAAUAAUAUCUACAUCACCAGGAGAAACUUCAAUGAUCGACAUACCAAUCACCCCAUCUUCCAUAUCACCACUUCCUACUAUUUAUUCUUCAACUUCUACUAGUAGUCAUCAUAGUGAUAAUUAA